UCUCUCUCUCCAUACAUACAACCAACAAAAAGGGUUGUCAAAUGGCAUCUACUCCCACCCCUUCCACCACACACGUAUAUGUAGCCCAUUAUUUCUAAUUCUAACUCUCAUUCAGAUUUUCCUUUUUCUUUCUCUCUCCUCUCCUCUCCUCUUUACUUUUACUUUCUCUCUCUAAUCUAAGCUGACUGCAACGAGAAAAAGGAGAUAGAUGAUGACGAGUGACGACGAUUGGGUGAAAGCGGCCAUGGCCGACGACUCCAUCGUGGUCGACCUGCUCGUCCGUCUCAACGACACCGUUCCUCCUCCACCCAAGGGACAACAACAACAACAACAACAACAACAACAACACUUUUCUUCUUCGCUGUUGCCUCUCGACUGGACCGUCCGUCAACGCCGUUCCAGGACCACGAUUCACCCGAAGAAGCCAACCACUGCGGCCAGGGCCAGCCCCACCACUCCGCUCUCCUGGAGCGGUGGCGCCACCUCCCUCAGCGGCGGAGGAUGCGCCGCCGACGGCUUCGAGGAGUCCAGCCAACCGACGCUCAAGCGCUCCGACGCCACGAGAUCUAAGGUUACAGCAACAAGUGAAACAACCACCAGCAAGAGGUCAAGAAAGAAAAAGACAUUGGCUGAACUUAAAGAAGAGGAGACCUUGCUAUUAAAGGAAAGAAAGCAUUUGAAGAGGGAAUUGGCAACCUUGCGUGUCACUUUGGAGAAACAGAGAGUCACUAAUGAAAAUUUGAAGAGAUUGAAGCUUGAUUUGCCAGCACAGCCUGUAGCAAAAAUAGUUGGUGCAGUUGCAACCGAGGGAGCAAUAUCUGACCAGCAAGUCCAGCAAAAUGUUGCAUCUUGUGACUCCAUUCCUUCAAUCCUGCCACCAAGUGUCACAGGAAAAGCUCUUGAUGCUUUACGAGAACCCUUUUCUCCUCCGAAGAGUUUGUCCGUAGUACAGGAGGAGGUCGUGGAGAAAGAGAGCAUGUUUAUGCUCCCUGAUCUAAAUCUACCUCUCGAGGAGGAUUCCAGCACUACUGAGGUUCUACAUGGAAUAAGCUAAUAAGAGGGAUAUAUUUUCGAAAUGAUUAUGAGGAAAAAAACGAUGAAGGGAAUUUAUACUCAAUAAAUGCUAACUUUGUUUAGGAUGAAUAUAAUUGUAAUUGUAGUAAUAGAGACUAGUAGACCAAUUUACCUUCACCACUUUCGAAACUGAAAGUGGAAGUAUGUUGUUUUUUUAAUUCAUGAAGGUACUGAGGGUAGUGUAGAGAUCCUAACCCUUUAGGUGCAGAGUCACAUUUUUUGUUGUUGCAGAUUUCUACAUUUGUCCGAAAUUCUUUGAGGCCAAGCCAACCCUCAUUCCUUCUAUUUCCUUUCUGGAAAUAUUUACAGAUAAGAUGUAAUCUUUAUAUACAUAAUCAGAGACUUUGUUACUUUCACAAGUAAUGUGACAUAUUUUCUUAUUC